AUGGCGGAUGAAAUAGCGACAGAAGAUCCGACGACGCAAACCAACCUUGUCUAUUGGAUAACUGACUACAUGACCACCACGAUCGCCACCCCCACCACCACACAGGCGUAUUCGGGGAACUUGGGUGUCGGGAUCAUCGUGCUGAUCGUGUUCGCCGUGCUCCUGUGCUGCCUGGUCAUCAUCUGCCUGCCGCUCCUCUGUUUGUGUGGCUGCUGCGGACUGGCCUGCUCCGCUUUUGCCAUGGACGACGUCACAGACAUCACUGACGAAGACGUUUUUGAAAUAUUUUACAAUGUAACAACUGUGGUCCACAGAACAACCACGCAUGCACCGGAAACUCACAUGGGCCUAUGGGGGCUUUUGUUCAUAUUCCUCGUAAUCAUUCUCAUCGUGGUUCUGUGUUGCACCUGCAUGGCGUUGCUCGUCCUCUUUGGUUGUAUAAAGUCCUUUAUGUGUUUUCGCUGUCGAAAUCGUGAAGAGUUUGUGGGAAGCGACCCUUGACCAAGGCUGAAGUUUCUCUGGACGAUCAUCAAAACCCUUGUGUCCUAAUAAAAUCUUUUCUGUA